CGUGCAUUGGAGUAUCUAAGCGGGGAACAUGAAUUGUUUUUACAUAACUUGGAACAAAACUGUGGGUGAACGCUUGGGAACAGGUUCAGAUUUGAGAAGUGGGCGAAUUCGUAGUCGAAGCGUGGAAUAGAUUUUCUUUUGGCUUGAAGCAAAUAGCCUAAGUGAGAGAGACAAUUUUUUGAUAAAAUAUCCAACAUAUUGUAUUGAAACUAUCUGUCUUAUGGCUAGUAGAGAGAGGUUUACUAUAAUUGUGCAAAUGCAUCAUUUUAUCUGUUCUGAUUUAGUGAAGAGGAUAACUGUCAUUUGAAUUGCCCAUGAAGCAAGAUAGCAACGACUCUGGAUUAUCUACACUUCCAACGCGUUUGACACGGUCUCAAAAUCCUGCUUUUGUUGCAAAACAAAGGAGUUUCUUACAGAAAGUGACCAGGUCCUCAAGUGGUAGUUAUAGUGCUGUGAAAGUACAAAAUGAAGAAAUGGAAGAGCAGAGGGAUGAUGAUGAGGAUGGUGAUGAUGAUACAUUUACUGCCUCAAAGACAUAUGUUAAGAGGAAAAGAGAGAGAAGUGAAGGACCUGCUGAUCCACUGUCAAUGGACCAAGAUGAUACACAGAAGACGAAGGCAGCCAGAUUAAGCAAUUCAGCUGAUGUCAAACUAGAGAAAGAUAAGUAUUGCUGGACAUGCCAUAAAGAAGGAGUUGUUCUGAUUUGCCACACAUGUCCUCGCUCAUUCCACUUGCGUUGUGCUCAAAUGGAAACUGUUCCUGGUAUUGCAUGGAUGUGUCCUGAGUGUGCAACCAUUAUGCAUGCAGAAAAUGUAGAUACCAGGUCUGCUGCAAUGAAGCAAUUGAGCUUGGACAGAUUUUGCAGUCUGCUUAAAUUUGCACUCAACAGGCUGAAGUCUCUUACAGGGAGUGAACCAUUUUGGAGGCCAGUGGACCAAAAAGAAUUUUCUCGAUAUAGAGAAUUUGUAGUUCAUCCUAUGGACUUUUCUCAGCUUGAGUAUAAUAUCAGAAGGAAAGCAUAUGGCAGCACUGAAGCAUUUAUAGCUGAUGUUAAGUGGAUACUUCAUGACUGUAUUGUGUUUAAUACACAGCAUACCAAGCUAACAUCUUCAGCAAAGUAUAUACUUAAAGUUUGUAAACAAGAGAUGGCAGAAAUUGAAAUAUGUCCAGAUUGCUAUUAUAAUGCCAACACAUUGAAAGAUACAUGGUUUAUAGAGGCAUGUCGUAAACCUCAUAUACUUGUAUGGGCGAAGCUGAAGGGAUAUCCUUUCUGGCCAGGAAAAGUCUUGCGGGUGCAUGACGAAAAUGCAGACGUGCGAUUUUUUGGUGCACAUGACAGAGCAUGGGUCAGUGUUCAGUGCUGUUAUUUGUAUAGCAAAGAAAUGCCAGCGCCUGUGAAAAGUAGAAAACAUGAAUUACAAAUUUGCAUAAAGGAAUUGGAGCAACAUACUAAAAAGCUCAGGGAGAGAUUUGGUAGAUUUCAGCUACCACCAAGUCUUACUCCUUUUGAUCCAACAGUGGAUCAGUUACCACUUUUUCUUCCACACUACAAGGAAGAGGUGCUUAGAAUGAGACGCUUUAAAUCAAGAAGCAGGACUUUUCCUGGAGAGGAUAAUGAGAGUACGGGAAACAACGGUGAUCCACUAGCUAUCAGUUAUGAACUCCAAGGAGUUACUCACCAACUGAAACCUCCAAAACAAAAGAGGAGUAAAACACCAAGCAUAGACAGAAAACAAAGCACAGAAGAACUGGAUGGUUUAACUUCAGAUAAUUCAGUAGGUAGGGCAUCCUUGAUAGAAUGGUCUAAAUUUGAGGAAGAAGCAGCACAGAUAAAACUUACAGAAAGUGACAUAGAGGACAGUGAGACAAGUGUAGAAAUACCUUCUAAAAGGACAAAAUGUGAAAGAAAUGUAGUCAAUGAAUCCGGUGAACAUGUUGUAAAUGAAGCUUCAAAGUCAUUUGGUAAGUCCGGUAUAGUUGACAUCCUACAGAAAAAGCUGAUGAGCUUAGAACCAACAUGUGAUAUACCAGAACCAGAAGUGGAAAGACCAGUUACAGAAACUCAAAAUGUUUCUGACAACAGCAGUUCUCUGCAUCGAGACUGUUUGCAACCACAAAAUUCGGUAAAGUCUGAUGGAGACAGCUGCUCAAAAGUGGUGCCAAAUGGAACCUCUGACAGCCAAUUGAAAAUUAGUGGAAGAGUUUGUGAAAUAUCAGAUGUUAAUAUUACUUCUGGUGCAGAUAAUACUGCAUUCAAUAAUGAACAAAUAACAGAUUUUCUCUCCUCAGUAGAUUCACCGAACAAAGGUAAAGAUUUGAAGGAACUGUUACCAAAAGAAUUAAAAACUGGAACCAAAGGUGAAAGCAGCCAACCUGAUGAGAAUGUACCACUGCAGAAGGAAACAACAAAAAGUGAAAACUCUCCUGUUCUUGACAAAGCUGAAUCAAAUACUGACAGUGAGUUGCUGGAUAAGAAAUACUCUGGUGCAGUACAAGAACGUGUAUUGUGUUCUGUGCCAGUUGAUUCAGAGCUGAAGGUGCCUGAAAAUGAAUCAGUUACUUCAAACUCUUUGGACAGUGGAGAGUUAGGUUUGACCACUGAAAGGCAGUCAUGUAAUAGUGAAAUACCAAAUGACUCAAGUGUAAGAGCGAAUAUUCCAAAGAGUGUUAUUGUGUCAGUUUCAUCUGUUAGUAUAAAUGAUGAAAUGAAAACAUCUUCUGAAAUAUCUCUGGAAAGUAAGCAAGUGCUACUGGAACAGAAUGUAAAAACAGAACUGUUAGAAAAUUCAGGUGCAUGCACAGAAAACAGCUCAAAUGUAAUUUCCCUUGCACCACUAGUAAAGCAGUUGGACAGUGUCACUGAACUAAAAACUACCACUAACAAACUAUCUGCAGAACUGAGUGUGGAAGAGUCAUCCCAUCCAGAUGUUAACAUAAUGGAUCCAGUAAAGAAACAGGCAUUAGAAAAAUAUAAGGAUGCUGAUGAAGAAGGCUCGCUGAAAGAGGAGAAUUUCAAUCAACAGUCCCCAUAUUGGAGCAAUGCUGAUAUAGUAGAUUUUACACCCAGAAAUGAUGCAGUUGAUGGUCUGAAUGACAUAUACAGUAAAGAAAGUGAAUAUUCAGAUGAAAAAUUAAUUUUGCUGUCAGACAAAGAUCCCAUAAAAGUUUCCAGUAGUAAAGAACCAGCAAAAGAUGGAUCUGUACUUUGCAUUACUGUAACCACCUCAGAUGCAGUUCCUGAACAUGGUUACAGUAGGCGCACCACAGAGGAAGUAACAAUCACAGCAGACAAAUUGGACACCGAAAAAUUUGAGCACAAUAAGAAUGUGGAAUCUGACACCUUGAUUAUAGAAAAGCGUGAAGAAGAGGAAAAGGAAUGGGAAGAGAAGUGUGAAGAAGAGGAAAAGAAGGAAGAAGAGAAAUGUGAAGAAGACAAAAAGGAGCAGAAAGAGGAAAAGGAGGAGGAGGAAGAGGAAGAGGGACAAGAAGAAGGCCGAAAAGGAAAAAAUGAACCAACAAUUCCAAGUGCUAAGUUUUUUGUUUUUUCAUCUGAAGACGUGAACAGAGUUGGGGGAAAGGAAAGAGAGAACAUUAGUGAAAAUGGUCAACUAUCUUUAUGUAACAAUUCAGAUUCUGGAGUUGACAAAGGCACAACUAUUUUAGAGAGUAGUGCUUUGCCAGAAAUAUCAGUAGUUAAAUCAGUUCCUGAGCAACAGUGGGAAAAUUUGACAGACUAUGAAGCAGAUGACAGCCCAGACACCUCUGAUGAACAUAUUGUGGUAAAAAUGUCUGCAAAUGUGAGACAUUCCCCUGAAUCUAAGAAAGAGACCUCAAAACUAUCCUUUGACGAUGCUGAUGAAAAUAAAAUUCCAGAUGUUUCCGUUAGACCUUCAGGAAUUCGUAUCCGUGAUGUGAGUGUUAUGUGUGUGAAGAGGAAAGCAACAGAAGCGCCCAUGACCACUAAAUUCAAGGAAGAAAAUAAGUCUGACAUUGAACCUGCUUCUGACGUAAAGAUCUCGGAUGAGACACACACAUCUGGUGACGAAAACCCUCCUGAAACAGAAGCCUUAAACCAGCCUGAGAUUCAGAAUACAUGUGUUUCUGUUAAUAAAAACACAAAUAUACUUUCAGUGUCACAGUUAUCCACAAGUUUAGUAUGUGAAGAACAAAAAGAAGUAAAUAUUACCGCUACAGACAAGUACCCAGCUUCUGAGAAUGUAGGAAAUAUUGAACCAGAUGAAAGUAACACAAGUACAAUAAAUACAAACAAAACCAGUGCUAAAAGUGUAGAAUUAGUCAAAGCCACUGACGAUAUUCUCUUACCUUUUGAAAUGGUGUGUGAACAUGAAAGUGAUGAGGAUAUACAAAGUGAAAAUGAGAUGGCAGAAGAAAGUGUAACUAAACAGGCAAAACAGUCAUUGCAAAUGGUGGAAUCAAGUAAUGCUCCAGAUGAGCAACUGGAACAAUGUACACAAGAUGCGUCCCCAAAGUCUCUCUCGAAUAGGUCUACAUCAGAUGUUAGUGAGCAACUGGAACAAUGUAUGCAAGAUACAUCCCAAAAGUCUCUCUCUAAUAGGUCUCCAUCAGAUAUUAGUUCUGAUGCAACAACUAAAAAUCUUAAUACAUGCAAAACUGUGUUGGUAGGAAUAAAGUACAGUAAACAAGCAUCAGCUCUUGACAUACCAGGACGUGCAACUCCCGAGAGUGUAAUUCUACUUCCUAAUAGCAGAGCAGAGCAUGGACAGAACAAUAAUGUAGUUGAAAAUAGCAUGGAUGACUCCUUAGAUGCCCAAUAUAGAAGUUCACCUGUAUUGGGCAACAAUCAAUCCUAUCUUCCGUGUGCCACUUCAGAUGCAGGUCCCAAUACUGCGGAAUUUCACAAGCAUGCUGAAAAGAUAGCGAACUUCUGCUGUAAUACACUUCAAGAGAUAUUGCGUGAAUUUAGCAAUGCAGGAGAUGAAAAGGCAACCAUAAAAGCACUGCAGUUGGAAAUAGAAAAAAUAAAUUGGCAGCACAAACAAGAAAUUGCAGAACUUCGGCAUAAUGCAGAUCUGAUUGCAUCGGAGCUUCGGGCAAAUCUGCUAACAGAGCAUCGGCGCCUAAUGAAUGAAGCCAAGCAUCGAUGGGAAAUGGAGAAAAAGAGGGCAGUUGAAGAAACAAAAAAGAAGCAGUGGUGCUCUUAUUGUGGCAAGGAGGCAAUCUUUUACUGCUGCUGGAAUACUUCUUAUUGUGACACUAAUUGUCAGAGAAAACAUUGGCCUCAGCAUGUAGGAGCAUGCCGACAUAUCAGUGGAAACACAGCACAAGAAGAACCUUCAGCUACUGGCAGUGUUACACAGCAGACUCAAGUUUUUGGAAAGCAAGUCAUUUCUCUACAACCACAGCCCUUGGAAUCAGUACCAUAUAAAAAUAACCGGAGGCCGCCAGGAAAGAAACUGCAAAAUGAGGUAUUAGAGUCCUCAUUCAAUGAAUGCUCAUCUAAGAGGGGCACCUCUAAAUCAGGAAAAACAUUAACAUUUAAGGGCCGCAAGCAACGAUGUGGUCAGUGCAAAGGAUGCAAGAAUGAAAAAUGUGGCAAAUGCCCUCCAUGUCUAAAUCUCAGGACACAUCAAGUAUGCAGACAAAGGCGCUGUUUGAACCUUCAGCCAUAUAAAAGUAAAGUGGUUAUGGAUAUAGACGGACUGGAAGAAAAUUCUGAUCAGAAGUCAGCUCAUCUCCUUGUUCCCAGUGUACCUUUGCCAACAAUAAGCAGACAACCAGGAGUGCGCUAUGCAUCAUAUACUACUGUCAACAGCCGCUCCCCUACAAUUCUGGGAACUGCUGUUCAGGUUGUUGCCAGUAAGCCUCAACAAUCUGCAACUAUUUUGCCUGUGGCAACGUCAUCUGGUAAUUUGUACUUCACAACAGCAAGACUUUCAGCACCACCUCCCCUGAACAGGGUUAAUGCAGCAAGCAGCACUCCAGCAACAUUGAUAUACCCAGCUACAUACUCACAGGCUGGAAGCAAAAAACAGCCGAAAGUUACACAAUCAAAUUUUGUAAAUAAGUGAUUACUUGUCUAAGUGAAUGAGAAACUGUGAAUGCAGAUUAAUCGCAAUUAUUUUUCAAUUAUAGUUAAGUGGUGCUAAAACUAUUUAAAAAUUUGACAACAGUGUCUUGUUGUUAAUGAGCUCGUUGAAAGGAUGUGUACCAAAGGAAAGUGAACACAGAAACAUUAUCAGCAAAUAACUAAAAUGUGUACUCUGCACAGGAAAUAUCUUCUAUUGUUUCGAAGACAAAUUGCAUUCAUACUGUAAAUGUAAAAAAAAGAAAAAACUGCAACAUUGUAUAUCUGCUCAGACUUGCAGGUGACUUUUCUUCUGUUUACUGCAAAACAAAAGAAUUCCUUUGUAAAAAUGUGUGUUCAGGCAACAGAAGUUUAGUAUGUGUAGUCACAAACCUUGUGUACAAUGGACUAGUGUGUGUGUGUGUGUGUGUGUGUGUGUGUGUGUGUGUGUGUGUGUGUGUGUGUG